UGAAUGUCGAGCAAAAGCCCCUGAGGCUGUUCAAAGGAGAGCCUGAGACACGCUGAGAGACCCUCUGAGUGAGAGGAAGAAGGAGAGAGGACAGGAAAGAGAUCCCAGAGGCAGACGAUGAGAAACCUUCACAUUGUCAGCAGAGACAGAAAGCUGGGGACAACUCAGGCUUUAGUUCUGCUUUUGGGGUAAAACACAGUGCAGUGUUGUCAUAACUGUGUGAGAAAUGGAAAACUUGUGACAAUUCUGCUGCUCUGGACCUGAAACGGACAAAAACAGAGUGACUUUUAACAAAGAGAAGGAACCUGGCCAUGAGGACACCUCUCUAACGGACCUGAAUGAGGAUAAGUCACUAUUCCCUUUGUGGACUCAGCAGCUCAUGGUGAUUGUGGACCGUUUGAGUUAAAAGGAGCUACAUUUGUGAGACUGGUUUUUCUGAGUAAGUCAAAGUGAGCCUGUAUACUGUGGGGGUGCUGCCUGGUUGAGAGAGACAGGGCAGGGGGAGGGGAAGAAGCUCCAGCCCGGACCUGUCCUCUAGGAGGAAUCUUUUCAAUGUGUGGUAACCCCCAAAAUAACUACAUCAAGAGAGGGGAGUUAAUCACAUUGACCAUGUGCAGCAGUUUUCUAUAACUGAAAGAAACAUUUGUGCUAAUGGCCUGAAUUUCUUUCAAUACACUGUGGAAUUGGACUACACCGCUCUUUUCUGUUCAUUCAUGGUCAAUCCAUUGACUGCAGGUCCAAAUCCAGGCCUUUCAUUACAUAGCUAUUACAUAACAGACCCCCUUGCCUUUUUCUCUCAGAAUGAACAACUCUAGCAUCCCGUUUAACACCGUCACCCAGCAUUUAUCUGCACAUAACUGCAGCAAGAACGAUGAGUUCAAAUACCCACUAUACAGCACAGUCUUUAGCAUUGUGUUUGUUAUUGGACUCAUCACCAAUGUUGUGGCCAUUUAUAUAUUUACCUGCUCUCUGAAACUGAGGAAUGAGACCACAACCUACAUGAUGAACCUUGUAGUGUCUGACCUGCUGUUUGUCUUCACGCUGCCGCUGAGAGUCUUCUACUUCAUCAACCGAAACUGGCCUUUUGGAGGUAUGCUCUGCAAAGUCUCAGUCUCGCUCUUCUACACCAACAUGUAUGGCAGCAUUCUCUUUCUCACCUGCAUCAGUGUGGAUCGCUUCUUGGCCAUUGUGUAUCCUUUUCGCUCACGGAUGCUGAGGACCAAGCGCAAUGCUAAAAUAGUGUGUACUGCUGUGUGGGUGCUGGUGCUGUCAGGGAGCCUCCCCACAGGAUUUUUAUUGGACAGCACCCGAAACAAGGAAAAUGCCACUUACUGUUUUGAGAACUUUUCGUCCAAUCAAUGGAAAUCUCACCUGUCUAAAGUGGUGAUCUUCAUAGAGACAGUGGGCUUCAUCAUCCCACUGCUGCUCAACGUUUGUUGCUCCAUUAUUGUGUUGCAAACUCUGCGUCGCCCCCAAACCAUCAGCCAAGGGGGGAAGAUAAACAAAAAAAAGAUUCUGCAAAUGAUAAUCGUGCACCUCUCAAUUUUCUGUUUUUGCUUCAUCCCGUUCAAUGUAAACCUGGUUUUUUAUGCCCUUGUUCGAACAAAAACAUUAGAAGGCUGCUAUGUGGAGUCUGUGGUUCGAACCAUUUACCCAAUAGCCCUGUGCAUUGCUGUAUCCAACUGCUGCUUUGAUCCCAUUGUUUACUACUUCACCUCGGAGACCAUCCAGAAUUCCAUAAAGAGGAAGUCUCAGAGCAGCCGCUCAUAUGAUGUCAAGUUCUCUGAGGCCUUGCAGUCAGAAAGCAGCUCCAAUCUGCAGUGCAGCAUAAAGAAUCUCAAAGCUAAAGUAUUCCACAAUGAGUCUUCAGUGUGACAGUAUGGUUGUUUCUAGACUCAACAGCAAGGUGAAAACUGUUCAUCCAUAAAGAGAAUCAUCUACUUGAGAAAAUGUGGAUGGGUUCUCAUCAUAUUGCAAUCUUCUUCUCAGGGCAAAUGUUUUGAACAUUGGACUUGACAGCCUCUGCUUUGCAGUAUUAUAACAUGACUCUGCUCACAACUGUGGAAUUAUUAUUACUACUUAUUAAUUUCCCUUUCAUGUGGAAUACAAUUUAAUUGUGUUAAACACAAUUACUCUGCCAGUGACCUGGAAGGGAAUGUGAUCACUGAAGUGCAGGACAGAUUAUGGCACUGACUGUUUUAUGUGUCUGUAUAACUGUAUAUAUUCAUGGUAAAUUGAGGUGCUAACUUUGGAAUAUUACUAUUUAAUUAACAAAAAAGGUAUACCAAGCUAUAGAUGUACAAGGCUUUCUGUUUGUGUGAAAUUGUGAAUUACAGGUAGGUCACAAAGUGCCUUUUUUUUGCUCAGACAACAUUUCAUGGUAGACUUUGCUGAACAUGAACUGCACCGAUAAAAGUUCUUCAUACUGCACUCGCAGCAUUUUCAUGAAUAAAAGCCAUGUGCUAUUUAAAACAAACCAUUGCAUCUGAAACUGUUUAUUUAAAUGGACAAAAGUUUUUUUUUUAUUCAUAUUUUAAUUUUCUUACAUGCAUAAUAAAAAAAUUUAGAGCUUUA